AUGGGGUGCAGCGAGAGCAGCACGUGGACUGAAGAAGAGCCCUGCGGCCGCGGCUCCGUUGUGUACUACGCCGAGACCUUGGAGAAGCCCCCAAAGGAUGCGCUACCCCCAGACACCUCCACGCAUCGCCACUAUGUUCUUCAGCUUCACACCUACCUCAUCAGUGUGGCGAAGAAUCCGCAUGCUUUCCAGGCAGAGGUGGAGCAGCGUCGCCGGGAAGACUUCGGGGAGCCAUUGAGGUGCGAGAGACUCAGGGACGCCGGCCUGCUGGUUGGCGAGAUCGACGACAUGAUGGCAGCAAACGUCGGCGGGGUCUUGAUGCCCCAUGGGCUGGGUCACUUCAUGGGCAUCGACACCCACGAUGUCGGCGGCUAUCCGAAGGGGGCGCAGCGAGACGCCCGGGAUGGCUACAAGGCCUUGCGUGUUCAGAGGCUGCUGGAGCCUGGAUUCGUUUUGACGGUGGAGCCUGGCAUUUACUUCAUGGAUUACGCGCUUCGGAAGGCCAAAGAAGAACCGGAGCGUGCGAAGUUCUUCAACUGGCAUCGGCUUGGCGACUUUGCCAACUUCGGAGGUAUCCGCUUGGAGGACAACGUCCUGGUAACUGAGUCUGGGAUCGAGAACUUCACAGUCGCCCCCAGGACCGUGGACGAAGUAGAGGCGGUCAUGCGUGGUGAGAUCGUGGAUGCAGCGGCCUUGCUUACCUGGAGGCAGGAGCGUGAGGAGCCACAAGAGCAGGAAGAGGAGGAAGAGGAACAGGAUGUGUAUGGCCACUCCGCCACUGUUGUCGGCGGCCGCGUUUGGGUCCUGGGAGGCAAGAACCAGCCGGGCAAGAGGAUCGCUGUGCACACCUUCGACCCUUUGGCAUUGGUGUGGUCGGACCACUCACCGGCAGAUCGCAGUGUUGCGCCGACCAAGCGGUGGGAGCUGUCUCAAAGGGGCUUUCAACAGGUUAUGAAUGGGGUUAAAAAGCGCAUGGCUUUGCAAUGUUUAGGUUAA